AAGAUUCCAUAGCCACAGCUCAUGUCUGUCUGAUAAGCCCAUGAAUACACCCAGUGGAAAUUGGAAAACAAUUCUUAAACAAUUGCACCAUCUAGUGGACAAAUUGUGCAAAACAACAAAACCAACAGCAGCCAUGAAAUACUUUUAUGCAGCUGCAGGGGGGAGGGGACGUCUCAGCACAUACUUCUAGAAGUGCAUGUCCUGCUUAAUGUACCAGUCCCGCCAUGACAACCACCUAAUGUAGGUAGGAUACACCUGAGCACGUGAUCAGUCCCCGAGCUCCUCCCUUACUUGCUGCGCACUCCACUCUCCUCUGGGCGGCGACGUCCGCAGUGACUGGAGAAUGGGAGGGAAUGUUUGGCGUCCUCGUUGCUAUGGUCACUGAACUCCUCGGUCUCUGCAGUCCGCACGGCUCUUCUCCCUGGACUCUGACAUUACAUCCAGAUGGAGCUGUCACCUCACAAAUCAAUUCAGUCACCCCCAAUGCCUAAUAAUAAUGCCAUAGAUACUCCACGUACUAGUAAUCUAAAAUUUCUGCGAGCUAAAAGGCUAAGCUAUUUUUCUAAGACAAAAGAAACACAAAAUGUACGGCAAACCACAAGGACUGAUUCACCACGUAGAUGCCUUUCAGCACCAACUUCAAAUCGGACUGCUGAAGACUGUGAUGAGCCCACAAAAAUGAAUUCUGAAAAAAAAUAUAUUCUUCAAAAUGGAGAAAGAGCUUUACAAGCUAAAGACGAUGAAAAACCUUCAGCAUCAAAUUCUCCUCAAGAUAGGCAAGCAAACCUAGGAAAAGAAGACUUUAUAGAUAUUCCUUCUCAUCAUCCUCAGAACUUACCAACAACAGAACUGGGAGCAAAGAAACCGACACCAGAGAAAAAAUCCUGGGGAACUAACAGAUCAAUUCCUAAUAGUUUACAACCCAAAAGAUCAAAGACUCCAGUCCUCUCUAUACAUCAUAACCAGCCACCGGUGACAAAGGAAAUUACUGAAAGUAUACAGCAUCAUCCACAGGACCCAGUUUUACAGUCAUGUCACAAAGAAGAUGAGGGUAAAGCAUCUUCCAUGAACCAUAACUUGCCGCCCACACUAAAACAAGUCAAUGAUGAAAGAUAUUUACCUCCCAGUCAAAUAAAACCAGAAUCAGAGGAAGUAGAUGUACUUUCUACUCACCGGAGUCUUUUGAGGAGUAGCUUUGUUACUGAUCUGGACCAAGAUCUUUUAGAAGAUUCGACUGUACCAGAAACAGAAAAACUUCAUCAUGUUAUGACUUGGGCUAAAAAAUUCCUUCACAACUGCCGUGGAGGAGAGUCGAAUGUAGAUUCUUCUUUUGAAUCCAUUGGAGGUUCUAGAGUCACCGAUAAAUAUGUAAAAUUAAAUAGUGUUGGAUUUGAUGAAUAUGCUCUGAAAAAAUACCCUUGUCAGGGAGAGGAAUCCAAAGACUCUGCUGCAGGCCAGUCCCAAUUGCUCAAAAGUCCCACAAGUUUCUAUAAACCAGAACUAAAACAUAAAUCAGCAAAACUAGAUUCUUUCUUGGCUGAACCUGUGUCUAGUUUCCUUCACAGUGACCAUGAUAGAAAUGAUGACAAUUUUUUGGAACCAUCGGGCAUUGUAUACUCACAACCAGUGAAAAACAGAUAUGGAAAGGAUAAGGGCUAUGCCGAUUCGGGAGACAUUUUUUUCCCCAGCACAAAACAAGAUUGCAUUGAUAGUAAUGAUAUCUUAGAAUAUGGGUCCGAGCCCUACCAACAGCGUUAUAGCAGGUUUAUAGCUAAAAAAACUAAACCAGAUAUGGCCAUGAAGGACAAUUAUAUAAAUCGAGAAGAGGACUCAAGUUCACCAGAUUCCGGUCUUAAUACAGAAAGACUUAACUCUCUGCUUGAAGACCUUGAAUUGAUAGAGAAAGGUUUAGAAAAAAAUGGAGGUAAAGAUGGUGCAAGAACAGACAGAACAUUUUUAGUACAAAAGAGUGCAGCAUCUGCUGACACCGCUUGUACUUCUGUGUCGGGGAAAUAUUCAGAUAGAAGGCCACCAGCAUUACAGAGGGUUGACUCUAACAGUAGUUUAUCUGAGGGUUACAUGAGAAAAAUAUAUCAGGAGUGCCCUACAUGCAGUUUCUCCAGUAGCUCCAGCAGUAACUGGUGUGUACAGUGUGGUUCAGCUUUAAGGGGUGCAAAUGACCAACCUACCAAAAAUACCAGAAAUUUUGAAUUACUGAACCCACAGAUAAUAGAUGACAAUGCUGUAGAGGAGUUUUUUAGUGCGAGCAACCAAAGAAAGAGGUUUGAUGCUAACCAUAUGUCAAAGCAGAAUGCAAAAGAAUUAGGAAGAACAGUGUGCUGGGAGGACAACUCAGAUGUAGUCUCCGAUAGUGAAGGGAGUGUGCUGGAUAAGUAUUUCUUUUAUGUGAAACAGCUGGAUAUACUACGAAGUCAAGAAAAAGAUAAUCAGACCAAACAUACAAUACAAUACAAGUAUACAAGUGAUACUUCAAGUGGUGAUGAGUCUUCUGAGGAUUGCGCCAUGCCUCACUUAAGUGGUCAAGCCAAACCUUGGGGAGAAGCUAAGACACUAGGACCCGACACGUAUCAUUUUGGUGACCAACCUAUGAAAGAGAAAAAUGUUAAAGAAUCAAGUGAGGACAUUAUUGAAACUGAAGGGUCCUCCUUUCUAGAUAGAAAGCUGCAGAAAGCAACAAAUAUUUCCUCAAAAGUGACUGUUCCUAAGAGGUAUUGGGAGAAGUCCAGUAUUGCUUGGUCCUCAUACACACACGGAGAGCUGAAGCCAAGGUCUAAGCAUAAUAUUCAAAGGCCAACUUCAACUGACCUCAAAAAGAAUAAGGAUGAGCUACCGGGUAAAAAAUCCAUAGUCAGUGCACCCAAUCAUAUUAAAGAAAUUAUUCAUGGAGAGAAUGAUUGUAAUAACAAUGCAAAUGAAUACAAGAAUGUGGCUGUGGCCUAUAUGAAGACAUCCAAUGCUUGGGCAGUCAGUAAACACCUUUGCAAAGAUAAAUGGGAGAUGUUCCCACAAAAUCAUCAAAGGAUGUGUGAACGAGAAAAAAGUUCUAUGUGGCUUCUUCUCCCAGAUGAGCUGUGGAUUUAUAUUUUUGCGCUACUGUCUCAUGGAGAUCUCUCAAAGGUUGCCCAAGUAUGCCAGAGAUUCAGAUAUAUUGCCAACGAUUACAGUUUAUGGAAGGUAAUAAAGGUAUCAAACUGCCAUUCCUUAAAGGAUUCCUGUCUGGUUAGUGUAGGACUUCAUCACCCAGAAUCCCUAUCACUUUAUCGCUGUCAUGAUGACUCUCAGACCAUCACAGAAGUAGGCUUUACACAGCUUUUCCAGCACUGCAAAGACUCUCUUAAGAAGCUGAAUAUAACAAACUGCAGUGGAGAAAUAUUUAAAGGAGACACAAUUUUGUUCUAUGCCAGUAACCACUGCUCUCAACUAACAUCGGUGGACAUAAGCUGGACUGGGGCCACUGAUAAAGGCAUCAUUACUCUGGUACAGGCCUGUGUAUGCCUCCAAAGCCUAUCAAUGAAUGGCUGUAAUAUCACGGAUAAUGCCAUCACGGCUCUUUUAAAAUGGCAUUUUAAAAGUCUUAUUAAAUUAGAAAUAUUUGGCUGUCAUGCCCUUACAGCUAAAUGUUUGAUCUCUGUGGCUACUGAAUGUGUACAGCUGGACAACCUGAAUAUUGGUAAAAUUCCAAAAGCAGAUGAUGUGUGCCUGGCAAAAAUCGCAUCUAAUUUACACAAUAUCGUGACACUGAAUUUGACAGGCCUCAGUGUGGUAAGGGAUCGUGCUAUUCAUCUUAUUGUAAAACAAUGCUCAAAACUGGAGAAUCUGACUCUCAGUUCCUGCUUACAAGUGACGGAUGUCAGCCUAGUGGAAAUCAGCACAUAUCGCCCUACCAUCAAGUACCUUGACCUAAGUGGAUGUAAAAAGGUGUCAGAUAUUGGUAUUCAAGCACUAGCACGAAGCUGUCAACAGCUCCAUUAUCUUGAUCUUAGCUCAACUGGUACAGGAAAACGAGGGAUAUGCUUGCUUGCCAGCUAUAGUUAUGCUUCCCUGGAAUGCUUAAAACUCAGCUUCUGCAAAGAAGUGACAACAGCCGCCAUUGAGAAGCUUUGCAAAACUUGUAAAAGGCUGAAGAUACUUCACCUCUAUGGUUGCCGCAUGUCUCCUGACCUUGGGUACAUCAAAAAACUUGGCAAAUCUUUACAAAUUCUUCAUGAUUUGUCUAUAUCAACUGCAAAUAUACUAGGGAAAUAAUUGAAUUGUAUUGUAAUGUAUUGUUUUCAGUGUAUAUGUAUAAUAAAAGAAUUUCAU